AUGUCGCAGCACUUUUUGUUUCUUUCUCGUUAUCCUUACCUCGAUCUAACGCCAACACUUGACGAGCCGCUCGUCAGUCUCAAUGGAGAGCAAGGGGGCCCCCUAGGGGCCCCCCUGGGGGCCCCCCUGGGGGGCCCCACACCCGAUACUACCUCAGGUAAUAGAGGGGCCCCCUUAAAUGAAGAGGGGCUGAAGAGGCUGCUGUGUAAGGCCCUUCAGUCGCCUGAUGCUUUUGCUGCUGCAGAAGGAGGCGCAGCUGUUGCUGUCGCGUUCGUGCUGCAGGGCUGCGCUGCCUGCGGCUGCUGGUGCAGCAGCAGCAGCAGCAGCAGCAGCAGUAGCAGUAGCAGCCGCAGCAGCAGCGAGCCGAGGAGUGUGGAAGAUGGGCGGCAUACCGCCAAGAAGCGCAGAGUCAAAGGGCCUUCAAGGGGCCCCACUGCUGCAGCAGAGGGGCCCUUUGAUGCUGCUUCUGCUGCUGUAGCAUCACAAUCGGCUGCUGCAGCAUCAUCUGCUUCUGCUGCUACUGCUGAUGCACCCUAUUCCCAAUCGAGCCUCAGCGAAGCCCCUGCUUCCUCAACAAGAGCAGCAGCAGCACCAUCACCCGCUCCAGCAGCAGAUGCAUCAGCAGCAGCAACAGCAGCAGCAGCAGCAGCAGCAGCAGAUGCUCGCUGCAGCAGCGGGAGGCAUAUAUGCAUUUUCAUUGUGGAUGCCUUGACUCGCCGCCCUGUGUGCGCAUGGCGUCUAAUGGGGGGCCCCCCAACAAUAGCUGCUGGGGGCCCCCCCCCUGAGGGGCCCCGCUGCAGCAGCUGCGCUGGGGGGGCCCCCCUUGGGGCCCCCUUGGGGGCCCCUGCUGGUACCCUUCCUGGCAUUAGCUGCAUGCAUUUUGCAGCAAGAGACAAUUUCUUAUGUUUCCGCGACGAUGCAACUAAAAUAUUCUAUCUCCUCGACCUGCAGCAGCAACAGCAGCAGCAGCAGCAGCAGCAGCAGCAGCGGUGGUGGCAGCCUAGGGAGGCUCUCAUUGCUGCUGCCUUCUCAGUGUUUGCUGCAGCAGAAACAGAAGAUGCUGCUGCUGCAGAGGCCCCUAACGUACACACAGGGGCCCGUCUAAACUGCGAUCUGCUGCUGCUGCAUGCAGAAGCAAUAAAGCGGGGGGCCCCCCACGCUCGGGGCCCCCCCAAUGCCUCGUCGCAGCCAAAGGGGGGGGGCCCCCACUGCUGCAUGCGUUUUCAGCAGUACCCCUGCAGCAGCAGCAGCAGCAACAGCAGCAGCAGCAGCAGCAACAGUAGCUGCAGCAGCAUAGAAGGGCCUUGCUGCUGCCUCCAGCUUCUCCCCCCGCUUGCUGAUGUUGCUCCUGAAGCCUACAGCUUAACUGCAGCAGUGCUGCUGCAAGGGAGGCAGUUUAAGGUCCUCUGCGGCAGCACAGAUCUCCAGCAGCAGCAGCAGCUGCAGCAACAGAAGCAGCAGCAACAGCAGCAGCCAGUUGAUGCUCCAGCAGAGCCUGCAAAUGCACUCAAUUAUGAUGAACAGCAGCAGAAACAGCAAGAACAGCAGCAGAAACAGCAGCAACAGCAGCAGCAGCAGCAGCAACAGCAACAGCAACAGCAACAGCAACAGGCGCAGCAGCAAGAGCCAGUAUCUGCAGUAGCAUGCGUUUCUACCCUCCCUGCUGUUGCUGCUGCUGCUGCAGGGCUGCAGCAUCUGUGGGGGUGCGGCCUGCAGUUUCUUUCCUGGCCCCCAUUAGGUUCUGCUGCUGCUGCUGCUGCUGCAGGUGCUGCUCUUGCUGCUGCUGCUGAGGACCCAGCGAAGUUGCUGGUGAGGCGCAGCGCUGCAGCAAACAUUGAGGCUGCUGCAGCAGCAGAACGCAUCGCCGCAGCUUGCUGCAGCGGCGCGUUAGCACUGCAGCAGCAGCAACAACAACAACAGCAACAACAACAGAAGCUUCUGCUGCCGCCUCAGGCGAGCGACACACCUGCAGAAGCAGCUGCUGCAGCAAAGGCUUCUGCGGCAGGUGCAGCAGGAGGCGUACCGAGGCCAGCAGCAGCAGCAACAGCAGCAGCAGCAUGCAGCAGCAACAACGGCUUCAGCAGCGCAGCAGAGACCCGCGCUUCCUUGCUGCGUGCUGCUCUGCCUUGUGCGCGUCCUGCUGCUGCUUCGCUGCGGCUGCUGCUGGGGCAGCAGCUGACGCUGCUGCAGCUGCGGGGCUUCUACAGGAGGCUGCUGCAGCAGCUGCCGCAGACAGACAGGCCGCUGCUGCUCCGCCCAGAGCCACCAGCAGCAGCAGCAGCAGCAACAGCGGCAACAGCAGCAACAGCAGCAACAGCAGCAGCACAGGCUACCCCGUGCUCCCCUGCUUGUUGCCAGAUGCAUGCAGCAGCGCAGGGCUUCGUCCUUCUCCAGCAUACACCCGAUGAUCGCCUGCUGCUGCGGCGCCUCUGCAGCAGCAGCAGCAGCAGCAGCAGCAGCAGCAGCAAUGGAGUACUGUGCAGCAUUGAUUUUAAGUCGGUCCCCUCGGAAGCCGUGCCUGUUGCUGCUGCUGCAGUUAUGGCUGACUCCGUGAAGGGGGCUUUGAGGGGCCCUCUUGCUGCAGGAGACAACGAGGGUCUCUGCAGCAGCAGCAGCAGCAGCAACAGCAGCAGCAGCAGCACGCUGCUAGCUGUUGACUGCGAUGCCCACGGACUGCAUGCGCUGGUGCAGCUGCAUGCGGGGGGCUUUGGGCUGGCUUGGUUAGUCUAUCGGCAGCAGCAGCAGCAACGCCCUAGGGGGAAGCAGCAGCAGCAGCAACAGCAGCAGCAGCAGCAGCAGCAGUACAGCUGGAGUGUACAUGCAGCUGUGCGCCUCACAGGGUCCCCGCCUCUCCGUUUGGCGGCCUUCGGUCGAGAAGUCUGCGGCACCAAACAUCUUGCAUGCGCCACUGCAGAGGGCGGUCCUGUGCUGCUGCUUGAUUGGUUUGAACUGCUCUCCCCAUCUUUGCUGCAUCAGCAGCAGCAGCAGCAGCAGCAGCAGCAGCAGCAGGAACAGCAGCAGCCAACAACAGAAGGAGAACGUAUGGGCCCACUUCUUGCUGUAAUGGCCUUUUGGCCUUCAUUCGACGCUCUGAUCCUCCAUCUUCGCCCUCGCAGCAGCAGCAGCAGCAACAACAACAGGAGCAGCAGCAGCAGCAGCAACAAUAGGAACAGCAUUUGCAGCAGCAGCAGCAGCGUUAGCAGCAACGGGUUUCGUGAGGCCCCCGUUUCCGCUGCAGCGGGAUCAGCCGCACCAACCGCAACAGGAGCAGCAGCUGCACCAGCAACAACAACAGCAGCAGCAGCAGCAGCAGCAGCAGGCGAGGCGCAGCUGCGUGUGCUGCUGCCACCCAGCGGACGUCUGGGGGAUCGCGCUGCAGUGUGGGGCCCCUCAUGGCUGCUUGCUGCUGAUUGCCUCGUUCGCAGCAGAUUGCACUUUGUGCUGUCUCUGGAGCAGAAGGGCCUCAGCAACCCUCUGCAGCAGCAGCAGCAGCAGCAGCAGCAGCAGAGUCUCCUGAGUCCGCUGGUGCUGCUGCCUGUGGGCUCGCCUCUUAUACUCGCCCCUCAAACAGCAGCAGCAGCGGCACUGCCGCAACAGCAGCAGCAGCGGUGGGAGGAGAUAGUGUGGCAGCAGCAACAGGAACAACAGCAGCAGCAGCAGCAGAAGCAAAAGCAGCAGCAGCAGAAACAAAGGCAGCAGCAGCAACAGCAGCAGCAGCAACAGCAGCAGCAGCAACAGCAGCAGCAACAGGGUGGCGAUGUCGCUUGCUGCAGCGGAGACACUUCUUCUUCCUGUCUCCUUUCUAGUGGCAGCAGCAGCAGCAGCAGCAGCAGCAACCCCAACACCUGCGAGUAUAAUAAAAAUUCAUGUGGGCCCCUAUCACAAUAUAUCGAUAUGCUGUGGUGCAGCAGCAGAGACUCUGUCUCCUUUAGAGAGGAGCUCUUCGGCUGUACAGACACCAGCAGCAUCAGCAGCAGCAGCAGCAGCAGCAGCAGCAGCAGAUGGGGAGAGGGACAGGUUGUGUGGCAGCAGGCUGAUAAGGGAUGGGAGGUGAGGGCCCUGGGGCCCCCCGCCCUCAGCAAUUGGGUAGCUGCAGUUUUGUCUGUAAACUCAAACAGAUAA